AUGGCUACAACUUCCCCUCGCCCUUGUGGGUCCCUCAGGGUCACGACCAACUGCCGCCCAAACAGUGCCGUCUCCGUCAACUGCCGACCCGGACACGGCCUUCUGCGCCGAUCCAGUGUUUGCCUGCCUUCCCCGGGGCGGACCACCCCAUCACUGCCCAGCAGCUGCCGAAGUGGGGGCUACGUGCCAUCUACCUGCCUUCCCCCUCCUAGCUUGGGUUCCACCUGUGUCCCGCCACCCUGCAUCCCACCUCCUGCCCACCCUCUCAACUGCUUCGCUGGGAACCGUGAUGAAGGCAUCCUGAACUGCAAUGAAAAGGAAACCAUGGAGUUCCUGAACAGCCGGCUGGGCAACUACCUGGAAAGAGUGCACUGCCUGGAGCACGAGAAUGCCGACCUGGAAAGCAAGAUCCGCGAAUGGUACGAAUGUGAGAACGCUUACGUGUGCACCGACUUCAAACCUUUCUACUGCAACAUUGAUGAGCUCCAGCAGCAGAUUUGCUGCACUAAAGCUGACAAUGCAAGACUGUGUCUCGACAUUGAUAAUCUCAAAAUGGCUUCGGAUGACUACUGCACUAAGUAUGAUUAUGAACUGAGCCUGCGCCAGCGGGAUGAGGCUGACAUCAAUGGCCUUCGCAGAGUCCUGGAUGAUCUCACCCUGUGCAGGGCUGACUUGGAAGCUCAACUCGAGUCCUUGACUGAAGAGAUGAUGUGCCUCAAGAAGAACCAUGAAGAGGAGUCCUGUGCCCUUCGAUCCCAGCUUGGCGAUCGCAUCAACGUUGAGGUGGAUGCCGCCCCAUCUUGCAACCUUAACAAGGUCCUGGAUGAGAUGCGAUGCCAGUAUGAGGCUGACCUUGAAAAAAACCGUCGGGAAGUUGAAGACUGGUACUGUACCCAGAUGGAAGAGCUAAACAGGGAGGUGAUCUCCAGUGGAGAACAGCUGCAAUGCUGCCAGACCGAGAUAAUUGAGACAAGGCGUUGCGUUCAGGCCCUGGAGAUCGACCUACAGGCUCAGCAGAGCAUGAAAGGUGCCUUGGAGUGCACGCUGCAAGAAACAGAGUCCCGCUACUGCACUCAGCUCUCCCAGCUCCAGUGCCUGAUCAGCAACGUGGAGGCCCAACUUGCCGAAAUCCGCUGCGACAUCGAGCGCCAGAACUGCGAGUACAAGACCCUCCUCGACGAAAAGGCCCGGCUGGACUGUGAGAUUGCCACUUACCGCAACAUGCUGGAAGGAGAAGACUGCAAGCUACCCAAUCGUCCCUGCAACCCGGAGUGUGCAACCGCCAUCCGUUCGUCCGUCUGCCGACCAGUUUGUGUGCCAGAGCCCGUCUGUGCUCCCGUCUGUCCACCAAACUGCAAGCCCUGCAUGCCGGUGGUCGAGCCCAAACUGGCCCCAUCCUGUGUCAAUCCCUGUGGGCCAGUUUGUGCUCCAUGUGGCCCUCCACCCUGCGGACCGCCUGUCUGUGGCCCAUGUAGGCCACCCUGCCCACCACCGUGUGGCCCGUGCCCACCAGGCCCGCGAAUCAGCACCAAGAUCUGCCGCAUGUGA